AUGUCCCUGCUUUGGCGCUUCCUUCUGCACCUCUUCCUCGUGGCGGCAGGGGCAACGGCAACGGCGGAGGCGGCCGGCGGAGCGCUACCGGGAUGUCCGGACCGGUGCGGGAACAUCAGCGUCCCGUACCCGUUCGGCAUCGCACCGGACUGCUACAGACCGGGGUUCAGGAUGAUAUGCAACAGCUCCAUCAACCCGCCAAAGCUUUUCCUGAGCAAUGGAAUGGUGGUGUCGGAGAUAAGGGACGCCGACCUCGUGGUGGAGGGGCCUAUAGCUAGGAACUGCUACAAGCCUUUCAAUCUCGGCCCGGAUGUGAUCUUAACCAUCGUCAACGUUACCGGAACGCCCUACACCUUGUCCUACAGGCGGAACAAGUUCACCGGCCUAGGCUGUGACACUGUCGCCUACAACCUUCAGGGAAGGUACAUGUCCGACUUAAGCAGUGGGUGUGUGUCCUUCUGCAACGACCCUUCCACCAUCAGUAACGGGACUUGCGAAGGCAUCGGAUGCUGCCAGACCUCUAUACCCAGGGGGCUCCAGCAGCUGGGUACCUUUCUCAUGAGUCAGAGGAACCUCACGGUCACUUUCAACUUCAGCCCCUGCAGCUAUGCCUUCCUGGUGGAUCAGGAGAGCUUUGCCUUCCAAUUAACGGAUCUGUACAGCUUCCUGCGGAAGAGCACGGUCCCGGUGGUGCUCGACUGGGCCAUCGGAAGCCAGCCAUGCGAUGUGGUCGCGGAGUCGUCGGACUACGCCUGUGGCUCAAACAGCUACUGCUUCAACGCUACCAAUGGGGACGGCUACGCCUGCCGGUGCAAUAGCGGCUAUCAGGGGAACCCCUAUCUCUCGAGUGGAUGUCAAGGUAGACGACCACGGAAGGGAGGGUGCUUUCCGGGGGGGGAGGUGGAAUCAGAACCUAACCGGUUACGUGUUCUCCAUGGAUCGUUUUAUUCCAUUUCUCUACAUUUCCCGCAGAUAUCGACGAGUGCGCGGAUCCCUCCACCAACCCCUGCUCGCAUAUCUGCACAAACUACCUUGGCGACUACGCCUGCUCCUGUCCGAGCGGCACCACCGGCGACGGCAAGAAGUCAGGGAACGGGUGCAUCGACUCCAGGAGGUUGCCUCUGGUUCAGAUUGUUCUCGGUUAGCACCUCGCAAAUCGACAUCGGAGAUUACAUAGUUUAAUUUUCUAUUCGUAAUCAUGAUCAUUAACUUGAUCUUGACCUUGAUGCAGGCGUCGGCCUGGGCUCCGCGUUCUUAAUCGCGAUCGCUUCUUGGGGAUACUGGGCACUCAGGAAGAGGAGAAUGAUUCUACUGAGGGAGAACUUCUUCAGACAAAACGGGGGGCUCAUGCUGCAGCAGCGGAUCUCUUCCCAUGGAAACGCAGCCGAGAGUGCGAAGAUCUUCAGCGCUGAGGAGUUGGAGAGGGCCACCGACAACUACAGCGAGAGCCGAAUCCUGGGGAAGGGAGGCUACGGCACCGUUUACAAAGGGAUCCUCCCGGAUAAGAAAGUAGUUGCUAUUAAGAAGUCAAAGGUGUUGGACGAGACCCAGGUGGAGCAGUUCAUCAACGAGGUAGUCGUCCUCUCCCAGGUCAUCCACCGGAACGUCGUCAAGAUUCUGGGCUGCUGCUUGGAGACCCAAGUCCCUCUUCUGGUCUACGAAUACGUCCCCAACGGCACCCUCACCCACCACCUCCACGGAGAGGGCCACGUCUCCACCCUCUCCUGGGAUAUCCGUCUGAGAAUUGCCGCAGAGACUGCCGGCGCUCUGGCCUACCUCCAUUCUGAGACGAUCUCGUCGAUCGUCCAUCGGGAUGUGAAGACGGCCAACAUUCUCCUGGACAACGAGUACACCGCCAAAGUGUCGGACUUCGGAGCGUCCAGGGUGAUCCCUCUAGGGAGGGGCCAGGUCACCACUUUGGUGCAGGGGACGAUGGGGUACCUGGACCCGGAGUACUUUCAGACGGGGCUGCUGACGGAGAAGAGCGACGUGUACAGCUUCGGGGUGGUCCUGGCGGAGCUCCUGACGGGGCAGAAGCCUCUGUCCCAGACGAGGCCCGAGGAAGAGCAGAACCUGGCCAUUUAUUUCCUGCACGCCGUGAGACGCAAGCAGUUGCUCGACAUACUGGAGCCUCGCAUCCGCAAGGAGGCAAGUCGGGAGCAGCUGGAGGUGGUGGCGAGGGUGACAGUGUGGUGCCUGAGCUUAAGGGGGGCGGGGAGGCCAACCAUGAUGGAAGUGGCUGCGGAGUUGGAGCGGCUGCGGGUGUCUCCGUCGCACCCUUGGGCGCCGGCGACUCCGGACAGCUCAGCGCCUACUUCACACGCGUCAGCGAGAGGUGGCAUCUCGGACGAGGAGAGCUUACUCAGGGAAUAUUCUCGCUGA